AUGGCGAAAGAUGGGGUACAGAAGAAACGCCCGGCCGAGGGUGAUCCCGAUGGCGCGCAGCCCUUAGCCAAGAAACUCAGUCGCCUGCACCUGCUGGACGAGGUUGACACAUUCUUCUCCUUCCUAGCAGAUCCCUCCCCUGCUCCCAGUGACCACGAUCCGAUGCUUCUGGAUGACACCAACACGACCACGUACAUUCACGACCUCGAUCGCGAGCUGGCGGAUGAUAACACCACCGAGGGGGAUGCGCUGAUCUUUCUCCCGGGCAUCGCCCAGCUGAUGUCGAUCCCGGAAUCGGCAAGUUCGGCGGGCAAAGAACUGGUUCUAUACCAGGAUUCUUCGUCGUUGACGGUCCCGAGGGAGUCCGACUGGACAAGGAGAGCGAUUGAGGAUUUCAGAGCGCGGGCCAGGUCUGGGAGACAGAGUUCCACUUCGGCCACUUUGGCGAGCAGGGAAAGCAAGAAGACUAACACGGAUGAUCUGGACGACGACCCCAUGGAUAUUGACCAAUCUUAG